GACAGUAGAGUCAUGUCAUUUGUAACAUAAUUUAAAUUCAUUUUCAAAUUCAUGUAAUCAAAAAUUAUGGCUAAAAUAUUUAAGAAAAUUUGUAGUAAUAGUAUCGUACGAAAUGAAAUAAAUAAACUGUGGAGAACCUUCUCAUGCAAGAAAAAACAAAAAGGAAACGACCCUGACGUUUGUCUCAGUCAAUGCGUGCACAAACCAAGCGUCAUAAUUAUUGGAGCAGGAGUAGCUGGUCUCUCCGCAGCUGAGAAAUUAUUAGCUUGUGACAUCAAUAAUUUUGUAAUCCUCGAAGCUACCGACAGAGUGGGUGGACGAAUACAUUCCUGCUGGAUGGGACCAGUGAUAGCCGAGUUGGGGUGUGACAUUAUCAACGGAGCAUCCGCCAUUAACUCAAUUUACAAUUUGGCCGCCACGGAAAGGUUGAAAGUACUCAAAGAGCCACGACGCAGAUUAAUACUGACAAGUGAUGGAAAGGCCAUCGAUGGAUCAAUAGUAAAUCUAGUCUAUUCGAGGUUCCUGCCCUUGCACAUGGAAGCUAGACAGUUGUUCUGUAUGGACGGUGACAAAAAUCACGGCUCCCUCGGCGACUUCCUAAACAUUCGCAUUGAGCAGGAACUGGACAAGUUCCCGGAAAACCUACAAUACGAAGCUGAACGUGUGUUCUACAGCCUCUUCAACUCCCUGACGACUAGCAUAGGCGAAGACAUCUUUGAAGUCAGCGCCUCCAGCUACGGCAGCAAAGUCAUCCUGCCCGGUGGCGACUCGAGCGUCCCCGCCGGCAUGAUUCACGUGAUCUCCCCGAUAUUGAAGAUGAUUCCUGAUCAAUACAUAAAGUACAAUCAGGCCGUCGGUACCAUCAGAUGGGGUGGGGAACAGCAGAAGGCCAAAGGCGGAAGGGUUUUGGUACAAACUUGCAGCGGACAAACUUAUUACGGUGACUACGUGAUUUUCACUCCCUCCCUGGGAUUUCUGAAGGAGCACCACGAACACCUGUUCUGUCCUCAACUGCCUGAUUACAAAGUUGAAGCAAUUAAGGACUUAGGUUAUGGGCACAUCAACAAGAUCUACUUGAAAUACGACUCACCAUUUUGGGUUAAGAGCACCGGAAACUUAGAUUUGGGUUGGUCUAAGGAUGAGCUGCGAAACGACAAUCAUUGGAUAACGGGUAUAACUUCAGUGAAAGAAAUACCCAACAGUAACAACAUACUUAAAGUAACGGUUGCUGGAUUUGACGCUGAAAUCAUUGAGGAAGUGAGGGAUGAGGAAAUUGUUCAAGGUGUAACAAAACUACUACGUCGUUUUACUGGAGAUCCAUCAUUACCCUACCCGUGUGCACUACUAAGAUCUAGCUGGAGCAAGAAUCCAUAUUUUAGAGGAGCUAACAGUUUCAUAAGUGUGGAUUCUAAUAUUGGACAACAGUGUGACUUGUCGACUCCCCUUGCUGACCCUGGCGAUGAGGAACAUCCUUCAGUUCUUUUUGCUGGCGAAGCAACAAUCCCUGGACACUAUGGCACAUUACAUGGUGCUAGGUUGAGUGGCAUUAGGGAGGCGAAUAGGAUUGUUGAGCUCACCAAGAAAAUGCAAGGACCUCCACCCAACAUUAAACUAAAAUACUCCUGUAGCUAAUUUUUUCGUACUAAAUAACUUUUGUAGUUAAGAUGUAAAUAAUAGAAACCAGUAAGUAACUAACAA